GAGCUCAAUGCGCGUCAUCGCCGCCACAACUGGAGUUACUGCAGGUCUCUACAGGAGAAAGGAGGAGAAAGCGCAGCAAAAGUUGACACUGCCGCCAUCUUUCUGUUGGACAGGAGUCACCAGCUGGGGGUGUUGAUGGCUUCCAGUCCUCCCUGUGCAGCGCUUUCUCCUCCGGCACAGAAAAAGAGAGAGCAGCUGCUUCUCACAUCCUUUGCUCUGUCAUCCCCCGUCCUCCCCCUCCUCCUCCUCCCUCAGGAAGGGGAGCACCACACCCUGUCAGCCAAUCAAAACUCGGCUCCACCGACCCCAUCACAUCAUCUCAGUUUCCAAGUGGGAUUGCCACAGCAUCAAAGGCACCUCCCUCACUCUCUUUCCCUCUCUCUCUCUCUCUCUCUCUCUCUCUGCAUCCUCCAACAUCUGACACUCAGGAAGAGGAGAAGGGAACGACAUGGACUAAAGGAGAAACAGGAGAAGAGAUGUGAUUAGUCCAAUGAAGUUUGUCCACCCACAUUAGGAAUCCCGUACCUCUCUCUCUCUCACCAUGAGCAUCGCAGCUCUCUCACCCGUGACCCCCGAGCCUCCGUCCCCGAUGAUCACCUCCAUCACACCGACCCUGAACAUCGCUGCCUCCUCUGCUGCCAUCCUCACAGCGGCUCACAGCCCGGACCCGGAGCACGAGUCCCAGAACGGGGCCUCCUCACCCGGCCCGGGCCCCAGCCGAGGCAGCCACGCUGGGGGUGGACCUCAUCUGGGAAGAGACGCCUCCCACAGGUCAAAGAAACCUCCGCCCCUCCACACCGGCGCCGACUGGAAGGUGGUCCUCCACCUGCCGGAGAUCGAGACGUGGCUAAGGGCGACCAGCGACCGAGUCACGCAGCUCACGCACUCUGCGGGACAAGACAGCGACAACCGGCACGUGGACGUCCACCUGGUGCAGCUCAAGGACAUCUGUGAGGACAUCUCGGACCAUGUGGAGCAGAUUCAUGCCCUGUUGGAGACAGAGUUCUCCCUGAAACUGCUGUCCUACUCCGUCAACAUCAUCGUUGACAUCAGGACAGUGCAGCUGCUGUGGCACCAGCUGAGAGUCUCCGUUCUGGUCCUGAAGGAGCGUCUGCUGCAGGGCCUGCAGGACUCCAACGGAAACUACACCCGCCAGACGGACAUCCUGCAGGCCUUCAGCCAGGACCAGCAGCAGACUCGCCUAGACGCUCUGACUGAGGUGGACGACUGCGGUCAGCUGACCAUCCGCUGCAGUCAGGACUACUUCUCUUUAGACUGCGGCAUCACCGCCUUCGAGUUGACCGACUACAGCCCCGGUGACGAGCCCGAGGCCCGGGGAUCUGACCCCGGCGGCGAGGACCCCUGCCAGCAGCCCGAUCCGGCCCAAGGCCCGAAUCCAGAACCCCCAGGGGCCGAGGAGGGCGAAGGAUCCAGCCUCUCGAACCGCGGACACCACAACAGUUUAUCUGAACUCGCCCCGCCCGCCGACUCAUCAAACCACAACCGUUCUCCGCCGGUGUUACCCACAAUGCAGUGUGGCAACCACGGUGAAAGUGCAAAGCGCCCGCUGCAGGGUGUGAGCCACAGCACCGAGGCGUCGCCCACGCAGCCGUCGCUUCCCAAGAGAGCCGCUCUGUUCUCAGACGGAGGAACCGGGGUGGAGGACUCGAGGGGAGGCCUGGGGAACGUCGGCCCGCUCUCCGGGCUCCAGUUCCAGGCCGAGCUGAGUCGGAGCACCCCUUCUCUCAUGGAUCCUCGGGACCGCUCCAAGUUCUGGUUGGAGCUGGACUCGGUUUAUCCAGAAAAUGUUUCGCAGUCCUGCGAGAGUCUGCAGGUGAUGAAUGGGCGUAACCUCCAGAGAAACCGUGGGAGCUCCAGACAGUUCGGAUGCUCUCAGGGGAGUGUCCCGAGGCCGCUGACCGAACCGCGGAGCUCAUCUGGGGCCAGACCAACCGCCAACGCCCCCCUGCCUCUCCAAUACCCGGUGUCUCAGGAUGGAAUAUCCAAACAAAUGGAGAGGACGCGGAGGGAGAAACAUGCACACAGCGAGGGGGACUCUGACUCCUCGUUGCCCUCCCCCAUGAGAGAGCAGUUCCUUUCCUCAGACGUGGACGCAUCCGGAGAGGAGUCAGACCCCCGACCGCAUCCUGGCAAGACAGCGGUCUGGAUCUUGAAGCGCCAGGGGCAGAAGGGGGCCCAGGCUUCAUCAAGAGCCAGCCCAGACAGGGAGCACUGGUAUGGGUCCGAAGAGUUCAUGGCCCUCCCCGAUCAGCUCCGUAAGACGGAGAUGCUCGCUAUGAAGCUGGAAAGUCUGGCUCAGUCCAUCCCACUGAUGCCCGAUGGCUGUGACUCUACCCAGAAGGCUUUGCAGGAUGUGGAUGACUGGGAUUUGACGGAGCUCAACCCAGACUGGGAGGUAGGGGAGAGCGACGAGAGGGAGAGCGGGGACGACAUGCCUUCUCUUCUGCCACCGCUGCUUCCUUACAGGCGAAACCUGGUCAGCCGCUUUAGCUCCACCUCCUCCAGCGAUAUCGCUCUCUCGUUGGACGAAAGCAUCGAGUCCGGCCCGUUGAGUGACCUGCAGUCUGAGGAGGACGAGGGACGGCGGUCUGCGGAGCGCCGCCUGCAGCUGACGGCGCCCCCGGUGGACAUGCGUGGAGGUGCGUCCCUGGUGCACCAGCUGCUGGAGGACAUUCAGAGUCAGAACAAAGACCCCGCCAUCUGGGAGAAGUUAGAGUGUUUCGUGAAGCAGUUGGACGGGUUCAUCUCGUGGCUGCAGGAGGCGCUGGACAGCACCGAAAACUGGACCCAGCCCAGACAGGACCUGGACAGCCUGAGGGUGUACCUGGACACACACCUGAGUUUCAAGCUAAACGUGGAUGCCCACAGUGCUCUAAAGGAGAGUGUCAUGGAAGAAGGCAGAGCACUGCUCACCGUCAUCACCUCCCACCAAUCAGGUCUGAAGGAUAUCCUCCAUAUGGUUUCCAGCCAAUGGGAUCAGCUCCAGCGGCAGAUCCGGCGCCAACAUGGCUGGAUGCUCCGCGCCCUCCGCUGCAUCCAGGCCCGCCUCCUCUACACCGGCCUAUCGCACCAGCCCUUUGCAGCCUCGGUGGACCCGUCGGCCAAUCGGCAGGCUCCCCGCCCAUCGGACGGCCUCGAGGCUGAGCUGGUCCCCAGUCAGUGUGAAGCCCAGCGAGCCGCCCUGGCGGAGCAGAUGGCCGUCAAACUGAGCAGCCUGCACUACCCGCCACCCGCCAGCAGGAGGCACUACAGUCAGCUGGCCAGGAACAACAGUCUGCAGGAGUUUGAGGCCGAGUACCAGGAGCUCUGGGAUUGGCUGAUGGACAUGGACGCCAUGGUAACAGACAGUCACCAGCUGAUGAUGUCAGAGGAGCAGAGGCAUCAUCUGUUCAAGAGCAGCCACGCCGAGCUGAUGAUGAUGGAGAGCAGGAAGACCAGCCUGCUGGGCCGAGCCGAAUCUCUGAAGAGGAGCGGGACCGAACUGCCCGACGACUUCCACCGCAAAAUACACAACCUGACGCACACGUGGAGACAGCUGGAGAAAAUCCUCUCGGAGCAUUCAGCACCCGGUUCGUCUUCGCAGCAGAACCAGUCGGCCGGAAAAAACUCUUUGCUGGGCGGUGGUCGAGGCGUUGCCGUGGCGAACCCUCGUUCCGCCCUCUCCCCGCUGACCAACUCGCUCCUGGAGCAGCUGGAGGCGCGGAUCAAAGAGCUGAAGGCGUGGCUGCGGGACACCGAGCUCCUCAUCUUCAACUCCUGCCUGGGGCGGGACAGGGACGCCGCAGAGCAGCUCCACAGCUUCAAGUCUCUGUGUUCGGAGGUGCGAGCCCGACGCCGAGGAGUCGCCUCCGUUCUGAAACUCUGCCAGAAGCUGCUGCAGCAGAGCCAGUCGGGCCCCAUGGCGGAGGUGGGCCCCGAGGCGGAGCAGCACCGCGAGGCCCUGCAGCUGCUGUCAAUCAACCUGGAGCGGCGGUGGGAGGCGAUCGUGAUGCAGGCGCUGCAGUGGCAGAACCGACUGAAGAGAGAGCUGGGGGAGCAGCAGGUUCUUGGCAGCGCUCUGGAACCGUGUCUAGUCGACCUCCACCAGAUCAGCCUGGUCCCAGCUGGUCCAGUGGCUCCACCGCCAGACGAGUCCUGGGAAUGGGAUGAAACGGAUAUGACAAUGGCAGAAGUAGAGCCACAAGAAGAACCAGAACUCGACCUCAUGCACAGCCUCCCCUUAGAACCAAAUCUGCCUUCGGACAGCUUUCUGUCCAAUGGGAAUCAACCCGAUGGGAUUGGAAUCAGUGUCCCAGCCAGUCAGAGGCCUGAGAUGUUGUCCCAUGUGAGGGAUGGAUCCGCCUCAGAGGUUCAGCCCAAUGUGAUGUCCCAAACUCUUCCCCUGAACAACAAUAACAUCUACCAGGUGUACAGCCUGCAUAGUGUGGAAUUAUACAGACAGCCUCAGUUUCCUCACACUUCCUCCUCGCUGCACAAAACCAAAUCAGGAAAACGGAAACCGCAUCUCCUGCUGAAGAGCCUGAGUAAAGACUCCUCGUUCUCUUCUAUCGAAUCCCUCCCGGACCUCCUGGGAGGUUUGAUGUCAAACGGCCGAGGAGGAGACAGAAUCCUCGGGGAGAGCGAGAGGGAGAGCGGCAGAGGAAGCGGCCAGUCGGCGAUCAGCCUGCGGUCUGAGAGCGAGAGCGGGAUCGUCAGUGAUACAGGAGAAACGGAGACGACGACAACCAACUCUGAAAUCCAGGAAGAAGUAGAGGAUCAGGGAGGAGAGGAGGAGGAGGAGGAGGGAAAGAAGCAGUGGAAGUUUAAAACUGUAGACGGGAGUCAUUUGGCCCUGCACAAAGACAAAGUUACCAACCAAAGAACCAAGGAGGAGGAGAGUAUGAAGGAGAAAGCAUGGAGGAGGGAUGAAAUCAGAAAAAACAUAGAUGAGGAGAAAAGGAGGAGGCACAGGAGGGGAGGAGGGGAGGCGGUUGAGAUCCUAAUCAACGGGCGUGGAAUCCUGACUCCCGCUGACUCCGACUCUGACUUUGAAGCGGGAGGACUCGGUGUAGACUCCUCCGAGCCCUUUAUGUCCGGCGGCGACUUCACAGAGUUUAAAAUCAACCAGUUGAACGGUUUGGAGACCCCUCCAGCUCUCAGCCGCCGGGUGUCCAGUCCGGUAUUAUCCCAGGGCUCGUCUCUGGAGUCCCUUCUGGCUCUGGGUGUGGAGUUAUUUCCCUCCAAAGACCAGCUGCACCGUAGCUCCUCUCUGGAGAGCUGUCUGGUCCCGUGUCGGAGCGCCGAAGAGGCCUCAGGCAGCCUGGCCAGCCUCGGGGAUCUGGACCUGAUUGGGCAGGGCAGAGAGAUGGAGGGAGGGAAAGCAGGAAAAGAGAAGAAGAAUGAAAGCGUGCAAGGAGAAGCGCCCCCUGGGGAGCUGAGCCGAAGAACUCUGGAUCUCCUGAAACGCCUGGAGAACAUCCAGAGUCCUUUGGCGGCGAAGAUGACCCGCAGCUUUUCAGACAUGACACUUCGGAGCAUCUCCCCGCAGCGCAGCAGACUGCCUGCCUCGCCGUCUCUCGGCGGUCAACACACGCCGCUUUCCGGGAUUUCGGGGUCUUCACGAAAAGGCCCGCCAUCCCUGAUCAACGAGAGUUCAGCGACGACAUCGCUAACCGAGCUGAGUAGCGCCGAGGACUCGUCCGUGGGGUCCGAAGACUUCGCCGUGCUCAGAAAUCACCGCCACCUCUUCCUGGAUCCCGCCGUGGCAGCAGCGUCCAACGCCAACUCGUGUUCUUACAGGAAACAUUGCCACGGAAACGGCAGAGGAGGGCAAGGGAUGGAUGAGGCGGACGCGGCGAGUUUGAGCCUGGUAGUGAACGUCUCCUGCAAGUCGGCGUGCACGGACGAAGACGAGGACGACAGCGACCUUCUGUCUUCCUCCACGCUCACGCUCACCGAGGAGGAGCUCGGCGUUCGGGACGAAGAGGACGAGAGGUUGAGCGGCGCCUCCACUGGCAACGACGAAGACGAAGAGGAGAUGGAGGGCUCUUACGUCCUGGGGCUGGAGUACAUGAAGAGGGAGCUGCAGACUUGGAUCCGAUCGCCUCGAAGUUUGUCUUCCUCUAAAACAGAAGCCGGUCUCCGGGACGAGCUGCAGUGCGGGACCAUCCUGUCCUCCGCCUCUCAGAACACGGAGCCGCACCGCUUCCAAAAGCGCUCCAAAUCAAUGGAAACCAACGCCAUCGGGGGCAACAACAGGACAAAAAGAGACAGGAGAGAACGGGAAGAAGAGGAGGAGAACCGGAGGAACGCGACGAGAAGCUACAUCAGCCAGUUUGUGGACGACGUGGAGAACGGAAACGUGGACCAGAGCUGCGCGAAAGGGGAAGACGAGGACGAUGAACUCCUCCGGGAGGAAUCGAGCGUGUUCACCAAGAAAGGAGAGUCGCUGAGGGAGUCCUACGCGUUCGCCAAAACGGCAGAGUCUGUUCAGGAUGACGGUGACUUGAUCGUGAAAACAGAAUCAAAGCUGCUUUCUCCGUCUCCGUCUUGCGAGCUCCUCCCCUUCCUGUCCAAACAGGCCUCCUCUUUAGUGGGACAGCUGAGAGGGGAGCUGCCCUGCCACAGCUCCUCCUUCCCCUCGCCUCCGUCCCUCUCGCCCGUCGAGGACUGCGGCUCCCACAACGCCUUGCCCGACGGCAGGCCGGCAGCCGGGGGACGGAAGGCCAUCACCAGUCAGGAAAAGUUCAAAUUCUCGUCUUUUGUGACGGAGGAGACGAGGAGGGAAGUCCGAGACAAAGAGUCGUCCCUGCCGCCCAGAAAACGGCACAAUUCUCACUCCUCCUGCUGCAGCCACCUUCCCUCCCCCUCCUCCCUCCAUCCAUGCAGCGUAGGUGAGGGCGCCAAAGAGAACGUGCACGAUUUUGUGAUGGAGAUUAUUGAUAUGACGUCCCUGGCUCUGAAGAGCAAAGAGAAUCAGCCCGAAGAACCAAACCAGCCCGACAGCAGCGGGUCCAUCCCAGACCAAGGUCUUGCAUCGCUAGCACAGAUCAGAGACAAGGUGCUCGAACACUCCCACCGGCCUCUCCACCUCCGUAAGGGAGACUUCUACGCCUACCUGUCUCUCUCGUCCCAUGACAGCGACUGUGGCGAGGUCAGCCAGUGCUUCGAGGAAAAGUCCUCCACGCCGGUGCCCUACACCAUCCCGUCCUACGUAUCUCCGACUCAGGGCCUCCACAGCCCGAGCCCGAGCCCCGAGCUGUUCACGAGCACCAAGCUGCGACUAUCAAACUCUUCCAGACGCUCCUCCCCCGACCUCGAGUCCAAGAACAACUUCCGCGCUCUGGAUUUGAAGUCUCCGAGCGGUAGCCGCGCCGAAGAGCCCGCUAGCCCCUCUCUAUCCCUGCCCCCGAGCCCGGACAUCCGGGAUGAGGUGAUCCUGUUUGCAGCGUGCACGGAGGAGGUCUACCUGGGCCCGCCUCUCUGCUACAGCAUGGCGCUCACCAAGAAGCCACGGCGCGUUCCGAUGAAGGAAAACUCAGAGUGUUCGCCUUCCCUGGACCCUGGCUGUGAAGCUUACUCAAAACCGAACGGUGCUUCCGAUCCAGGCGAUAGUCUGAGCCACGUGUCUCACUGCGAGGAGUUUGCGUUAGGCCAGGAUCACAGGAUGUAUUUCCAAGGAUCCAUUCCCACAGAGGGAACACACAGCACCCUGUCUCCUUUCCUAGAGCCUUGCAACCCUCCCUCUUCUCCUCCUCUUCCUUCCGUGUCCUCUGGCGCCGAAGAAGAGGGGGUGAGCGACCCGUACCUCCUCUGUGAUGUCGCUGGAGGCGAAGUGGCGGCCGCUGCGAGUGUCUGCCCGCGGCUGGAGGAGAGGAGUCGUAAUGAGGGGCCUCCUUAUCUUAAUCCCCCGGCGCGUGUCGCCCCGAUAGACUCCUCCGCAGACGAAUGUUUGGCAGAUACUAAAACGCUUGAAUCCAAUAUGGGCACCGUAAUGACCAAGAUAAGUGUCUGCGGCUCCGCUACAAAUCCCUCAAAAGAGCCAGCCGCCGCCGCCGCCACGCGUAUUAAUCCCAAAAUUAACUGCUCGCCGAUGAGAGAGGCAGAUAGGGAGGAGGGGGAGAGGAGAGGAGAGGUGGAGAGUCAGAGGGCGAAGCGGGAGGAGAAGGGGAGGAGAGGGCGGAGCGGCUCGCAGCGGGAAGCAAAGACGGCGGCGGAGAAGCAGGUGAGCACUCAGUCAGCUGUCAAUUACGCCGCCAGAUCAGCACAAGCCUCAGUGAAACCGCCCGCCUCGAGGACCACCGUCAGUAGACUACCUGUGUUGGGAGCAGGAACCUCUAGGAUCCAGCUUUAAGGGAGCUAUCUCCAUCUCCCCCCACCCCUGCUGAGCUGAUCUCCCUCCUUGGCUUGGUCUCUCCUGGAGGCCCCCCUCUGAUCUCCCAAAUCUCACUGCUGGAACCCAACGGAUCGUUAAGGAGCUGGACUGAAAACUCAUCCAGCAGUUUCAGGGUUAUACCUAACAGCUGAUUUCAACUUUUUCACAGUAACACUGGGCCUGAUUUCAGGGUUGAACUUGUACGCUUCUGAGUGAUAAGGAAGCAGCUUUUAGGGUUGGCCUGAGCAUAUUUCUGAGUUAGACUGUAAACAACACAUACACUUUACAUCAAACUACAGUUUUAACGGGAUGAAGAAGAAGAUUUCAGAAAGAGAAAACGUUGUAGUAACAAUCCAACAACCAUUUAAAUGUGAUUAAGAAAUUGUUUUUUUAGAAUAAAAAAUGAGACAAUGCAGUAUAUUGCAUGUGCGAGAGCCAACCGUUUCACAACGGAUAAGGAGCAGAUAAGAAGUCUCCAGGCGAAAAACUUUGUCACAGUGAAAUCCCAUAUUUCUGAAAGGAAGAUGACGAAGAAGAAUGGAUUAGUUUUCAGCAGCUGUAGAGAGAUAUUUCACAAAUGAGUCAGAAGGUUACAUCAAAUUGGGCUAAACAGGAAAAAACUCUCCCAACAAAAUUUAAUGUAAAACUUUUUACAUCUAAGUGCAGGCAACCCAGAAUCACCUUGAUUUAUUUUUUACGUGUGCUUUUUUUAUAUAUAUUAUUUUAUAAUGUUCUAAUAUAUAUUUUGGUGUGUCAUGGUUUGGUUCUAAGGCACAGAAGAUAGACAAUGCCACUUGAUAAAACCAGAAUUUUGAGUCUGACAAAGCUUUGGAUGUAAGUGAUGUGGAGAAAUGGUGUUGGACUGAGCUGAAAUCAGAUGGAAUUCACAGAUUAACACAAAGAUGGACCCUUGAGCUUCCUUAUAUAUUCCCAUGUUGAUGCUACUUACUGUUGUUUUGCUGGAGGCUGGUUGCCCAAAGAAAUGUUAGACGAUACAACCCGUUCUCUCUCCCAACUCGUAAAAUACUGACGCUUGAUCAGUGUCUCUCAGCAUCAGAUACCAAAAAGACGCAAAAAUCCCCCUUCUGUACGAAACGCACCGGCCAGAGCACCAGCUCGACCUCGGCGCUGUAAGAUGACGUAGCAUUAAGAGCAACAAGGGUAGAGAGUAGUAUGAAAGACUG